CGUCCCGCUCCCCCCGCUGCCCCCCCGCCCGGCGGCGGGCGCUGCCGCAGCACCAUGCCGGCCGACCUGAUGGAGAAGAGCAGCGCCUCGCCGGUCGCCGCCACCCCCGCCAGCGUCAACGCAACGCCUGACAAGCCCAAGACGGCGGCGGAGCACCGGAAGUCCUCCAAGCCUAUCAUGGAGAAGCGGCGGCGGGCGCGCAUCAAUGAGAGCCUGGGGCAGCUGAAGACGCUCAUCCUGGACGCGCUGAAGAAGGAUAGCUCGCGGCACUCCAAGCUGGAGAAGGCUGACAUCCUGGAGAUGACUGUCAAGCACCUGCGGAGCCUCCAGCGAGCUCAAAUGACCGCUGCACUGAGCACAGACCCCACCGUGCUGGGCAAGUACCGUGCCGGCUUCAGUGAGUGUAUGAAUGAGGUGACGCGGUUCCUCUCCACCUGCGAGGGUGUCAACACCGAGGUGCGCACUCGGCUCCUGGGCCACCUGGCCAGCUGCAUGACCCAGAUCAACGCCAUGAACUACCCUGCACCCCCACCACCACCCCCGCUGCCACCCGCUGCUGCCUUUGGGCCACCCCUGGUGCCACCAGGCGGUGGUGCAGGGCCUCUCCCAGGCAUGCCCUGCAAACCAGGUGCCGAUGCAGCCAAAGUGUAUGGUGGUUUCCAGCUGCUGCCAGCCUCCGAUGGGCAAUUUGCUUUCCUCAUCCCCAGCACUGCCUUUGCUCCGGGUGGUGCUGUGCUGCCCCUGUAUGGCGGCCCACCCACAGCUGCCACCGCUGCCUCACCGCCUGGCCCCCCACCCGGCACAGCCGACUCCGUCUGGAGACCCUGGUGAGAGUGACGGGCACUGGACUGGACUGAGCACCACACCCCGUGCUGCUGGCACGGCUGUACAUAGGUUAUAUGUUCAUAUUGGAUUGUGCCUUUGUACCAUAGUACUCCUGCGACAGUGUUUCGUGUUUUACACGAGAUCUUUUUUUCUCCCUCCCCUUCCCAUCCUUAUGUGACACCAAAGAUUGGGGUUGUUUUCUUUUUUUUUUUUGAAUACUUUCAAAAUAAAAGAGUCUCUUCCAUUUUGGAAGGCCUUUGAGAUAAGUUGGCGUGCAGGUAUGUGUGCAUAGGAGGGAGCCCAGUUCCUGGCUUGCUCCCCAGAUCGUGGGGCUCCAGGGCUGCUUUGUCUUGCUCUCCAGGCUGGAGCUGUCACUCAGGGCCUCUGUCCCCUCUCCCUGCCCUGGGGCAGAUGUAGUUGCUGCUUCCUUGGGAGCAGCUCAAUUAAUCAGACUUCUUAAAAAGAGCUUCCAUUUGCAGAGCUGGUGAAUGCACUGAGGGAGGCACCUCCACUCUGUUCCUGGCUCCUUGGGAUGAUGGAGCGGAGUAGCCCAGGUAAAACAAGAUGGAUUUGGCAGAGCCCAACUCCUGGUCUAGGCUGCCUGGGUGAGCCUCCUGCCCUGGACCUGGAGGGGCCCACUCCUGGGUCACGAUAUAAAUUGCAGAUGACUUAAGUCAGUUGACUUAGAGAGUGAUGCCUGCCAGCUUCUUGUGUUACAAAAAUGUCAUCUCUCCCUAGGACAAGCCUGACAGGAGUGCUCCUGUCUCCUGGCUGAUGGGCUGCAGCAGGCGCCGGGUACCACCUCCACCUGGAUUUAGAAGCACAGAGCUGUUCCCAGCUCUGAGCACCAGCCAGGCUCUGCUUGAUGAUUAAUGCUCUGCAUGUGUUUUUGAUAGAUUUGGGCAUUUCCUCUGCUGUUAUAUGGAAAACAUGUGUCUGGGGGAGCAAUGUGGGGCUGUAUGGACUAUCUCUACAACAGUGAGCAGCAACUGACUCCUUUGACUUGGUCAUGCCCCAUUUCCAGGCAAGAUGCAAGCCCUAGAUAGAGGUGAGCUUACAGCUUGCAUUGCUCUUCUCAACAAGUCUGAACUCGGAGCGGACAGCUUUAAACUGUGCCAGGAUUCACUGGGGAUUCCUUCCAAAUCCUGCUGCAAAGCCCUGUUGGAUUUUGUCUGGAUCAGCCAGGUGCUUGACUAUAUCCAGGUGCUGUGGAGGAAAUGAAAGCUGGGCAUAGCAUGAGAUUUGACAGAUGAAACCUGUUGGGGUUUGAAUCCCUCCCCAUCUUCUCCCCACCCUUUCUCCCUGUACACAAACACAGCCUCCUGAUUUGAAAAUACUUCUUGGGAUGGAUUUUGAAGAAGGAGAGAGUGUGUGUGUGUCUGGAAUCUCUCUCUGCAGGUGCACCGAUGAGGCCACUAGCAGCUUUUUUGGAAGGGGUUGUAUGGUAUCAUCUCCCUGGGUAAUGCAGCAGAGCUAUUUCCCGGUGCUUUUGCUGGCCUGUGUUUCCACUGUCACAGUGGCAUCUUGCAGCCAGGUUUUGUCUGCCAGGCUUUGGAAUAGCGGAUAUGCUGUGCCUAGGUAGUUCUGCAGCUGUACAGGCUAAGUCUGCCUUCUCUUCCACCAGCUGUAGUGUCAACUUUGCAUUAGAGGCACCAGGGGCAGGACUAAGCCCACCAUGUGUUUGGAGAGCCUGUCUGGGUAUCUGAUCAGACCAGCUCCUGCUGCUGGAUGGCCUGUGUGGGAACGGAGCAGACCAGUAACUCAUCACCUGUAAGAGCUGAGGCUGUUCCAGCUUAGCAGAGUUCUUCUUUUCUACUGAAGUAGUUGGUUUGGAAAGAAUCUUAAAUUAAAAAGACUUUGCUGUAUGCUAAUGGACAACACAUAGCAGAUCGAGAGGUGAAAGACAAGAUGAACCUACUUGCUAAUGGAGUUUAAAUAGCAUAGUAUAAAGCAGAUAUGCCAUGCUUGGACUGGUUUCUCCAAAGCUUUCUGUAUUUACUUUUUCCCACAGCCUGUUGACAUGAGAGAUCUGCUUGAGUCUGUGAGCUUUGAGGGGAUCAGUGCGAUUCCCAAGAGCUGUGCUUUUGAUGCCAGUUCACUGAGCCCGUGACAAAUUGGGAUGACAAAUGCAGGCUGUGGGCCUGUGGUUCAUUAUGUGCAGGAGUUGCCCUUCAGGUGCAGCAAGUUUCUCCAAAUUGGUGCCAUGG